UGUGAUGUCUGCAUUCUCCAUUUGACCCUUUGUUAUUGACUUUCAUUGUCCAUCUUAUAUACCCAUACACCAUGUUCUUCCACCUCUCUGCCCUUUCCGUGUUCCUUGUCGUUGCAUUCCUCUUAAUCUACUACCGCGCACGCCUCUUCCCUCUUGCCGCCCGUUUUCUCCCAGACACAGUCGUCAACCGAUUAUCGCAUUACACUCCAUUAGAAUCAUACUCUUUCGCAGACCAGGCGGAAGCGGGUAUGAGCAGUGGAAACUUUGAUUUGGAGGCGAAUAAUGGGGAGGGAAGUGGUGAAGGGAGGUUGGGGCUUGAUGAGGCCGGUGUGGAGGAAGUCAGGAGGAUAAUGGCGAUUGAAAGGUGCACGUUUGAUCAGGCGAGGUUGAUCAGGCAUAACCGCAUUCUUGCCAAGAACGGUAUCGCCCCUGAUGGAACUCCUCUUGACAGAAAGGCUAUUACGCACCUUUAAAACAAUCUACGAACGGAACGCUAAACAGAUAUGUGUUUGAUUGUAUACCACAUCAGCCAAACGACGAUUUCAUCUAUCGAUACACCUUUUGAUUUCGAUCCCUUUUUUAAUUUUUUCUUUUUCGCUUGGAUUUUGAUCUAUCAUGUUGUUAAUAAUAUCCGGUAUUAUUAUGCAGACGCGUAAAUCAAAUGCAUGUCUAACCGUCUAUA